GGCCAGCCUAAAAUGUCACAUAUUACAGUGGAGAGGAAUAGGAGGAAACAGAUGAACGAGCAUUUGGUGGUGCUGAGGACUCUCAUGCCUUGUUUCUACGUCAAAAGAGGGGAUCAAGCAUCCAUCAUAGGAGGUGUUGUGGACUACAUCAAAGAGCUACAACAACUCCUUCACUCACUUGAAGCCAAAAAGCAAAGAAAAAUCUACAGUGAAGUCCUCAGCCCUCGCCCUCUUUCCAGUCCUCGGCCUCUCUCUAGUCCCCGGCCGCCGCCGAGCCCUCGCCGGCCAUCUCCUCUCUGUAGCCCUAGAGUUGCCAUAAGCCCUAGAACUCCACAACCAGGAAGUCCUUACAAGCCAAGCAAUAAGUCACAGCAAAGCUACGUUGUUUUAUCUCCAUCAAUGGCUUCCUCACAUGAAUCUACAGCUUCAUUGGAGGCUAACACAGGAGAACUUUUGGCUAAUUAUAAAAGUAGUAAGGUUGCUGAUGUGGAAGUCAAGUUUUCAGGGCCUAAUGUGCUGUUGAAGACAGUCUCACAUCGCAUUCCAGGUCAAGCUCUGAAGAUAAUUACAGUUCUUGAAGGACUUGCUCUUGAGAUACUUCAUGUGAGCAUUAGCACCACCGAGGAUACUAUGCUGUUUUCUUUCACCAUCAAGAUUGGAAUAGAGUGUGAGCUCAGUGCAGAAGAGUUGGCAAAUGAAAUUCAACAGACAUUCUCUUGA